AUGGCCGGUUGGUUAUUUUGUUGCUGUACGUCCAGGGGGAUCGACCUCAGGCGCGUCACCCAGCUCUCCUGGAACCCCCGGUCGAUCUUCAUCCUCCCCCCUGAUUUCUCCCGCGAUGAUGCUCAUUCUGAGUCCAAUUCAUUCCCUUCGUGAUUCUCUUGUGCGCCGCGAUGCUAACUGGGUUCUGCUUGUGGUUUCUGCAGGGCUUUCUUGUAUCAUGGAUUUCUCUCUGAUGCCGAAUGCGAUCACCUCGUCAAGCUGGUGAGAGAGAGAGAGGCGUUUUUCUCUCCCAGAAGCUUCCCUCUUCGUAGAUCUCUCUCACCAUGACUACAUAAUGGCGGAGAUGAGAAGAGUUGUGUUUGAUUGAACAGGCGAAGGACAAGCUGGAGAAGUCGAUGGUGGCUGACAAUGACUCAGGGGAGAGCGUCAUGAGUGAAGUGAGGACCAGUUCUGGCAUGUUCCUGAGCAAAAACCAGGUGGGGCGAUCUCCCAUUUCGCUUCCGUCUCCCCUCUCUCCGCAGCCAUUCGCUUGUUUCUCGGACUCUGCGAUCACUGAGCAUCAGUGUUUUUUGGCUUUUGUUGUGGUGAGCAUGUUUCUUUGCGGGGAGGACUCGAUGCCCGUGGUUGCUUCUGAGGUUCGAGAUGGUUGCUAGCCCGGAUGAUUAAUUUCAACGAAAUCGUAGCUGUCGGGAUUAGGAUUUGAAUGGGUAGAUUGGGCUCCAAUUGAAGAACACUAUGGAAUAUUUAGCUCAUGAUUUUUCUUUUCUUUUUCCGGAAUGGGGAGGAGGGUUGGACAAAUUUGGCCUAGAAGCUUGAUUUCAGGUUAGGAGGGGUCGCAGGGGAAGCAGCGUCUUUGGAUCAAGAUUCUUUGAACCAGAGGGUCUGUUUUUCCGUUCUUCUCAUCAUGAUGUUUUCUAGAUGGGAAGGCAAAGUGAUGAGGAGGAUCUGUUGUUGAGGAUUUUCAGGAGCCAUCUGGUUUCUGGUGAUAAAAAUAGAUGCACAAACCAAAUCUUUGGGCUGAUCCGAGGAACUGUUAUUAUCGGCGGAUUCAAAUUUUGUCAUAAAUUGGAAUCGCCGAAUCCUCAGGCUUCAGCAUGUGAAGGACCGUUAAGAGUGUGAGAUAUUUCUAGCAGCCGCUUUUUCACAUCCAUGGAUCCUCCUCUCAACUCGGGUCACCUUCUACUUUGGGCAAGAUCUCCGGUGAAUAAUCAGCCAGCUUCAUCAGCAAGUUCUAACACCAGGUGAACUAUAUACGAACCAGAGAUGCAGUUUUGAAGGACGAACAGCUGGUCAAGUGCCUGAUGCAACACCUCAAAGGCUUAAAAAUCAUUCUCAGAGACUUGAAUUGCUUGCCUGGUUUUUUUUUUUUUUUCCCCCUGAAGAAAAAAUCAUCUCUGUUUCUUAGAUUUAUCUUCUUCAGUAGGGGGAUAGGAAAUGGGGAGGAAGUAUUAAUCACCCAUUUUCGACCAAGGUUUGAAGCAUGAUCUCCCAAAGUAGACGGCAUUUAUUUAUUUUCGUAAUCUCCAUCUAUUCAGGACGAAGUCGUAACAAGGAUCGAGAGGAGGAUUGCAUCCUGGACCUUCCUGCCGGAAGGUAGUCCCUCUUGCCUUUGAAGUUGAGUGAGUCGGAGAUGAAUCCCCUGAGAAAUUUCUUGGUUGCAGAGAAUGGGGAAGCCAUCCAGAUACUCCACUAUGAGCAUGGGCAGAAGUACGAGCCCCACUAUGACUUCUUUCACGACAAGGUCAACCAGGAGCUCGGGGGGCACAGGGUGGCGACUGUGCUCAUGUACCUGUCCGACGUGCAGAAGGGGGGGGAGACCAUCUUCCCGAAUGCGGAGGUAACUCGUGACUCUCUCUCUCUCUGUGUCUGUGCCUGUGUCUGUGCCUGUGGCGCUCCCUCUGUCUUGAAUCUGCGCCAGAUGGAUGAGUUGAUGAGCAGGAAAAAAAUGGUGGGUUUGUUCUACUUGUGAAAGAGCCUGUUUGCAUUGAGUUUGGUGGCCCAUCAAUAGGUUGAUAUCAUGUCAGAUCUGAUGGUUGCACUUCAGUCAAAACUCUCUCUCUCUCUCGCUCUGUCUCUUAGUCAUUUUGAUAGGCCUUCUCUGCUCAUAAUCUUCAAUGCGUCUCUAUCGUCUACGUUUCAGUCAUGAAUCUGUACUCUCUUCCUCUCUCUCUAGCUUGUUGGUGAACUCAAAUUAUUCGCUGCACUUUAGUGUCUCCCUUUGUCCGGAUUCUGCCUAUAUAACGUAAACAUGCUGCAGGGUAAGCUUCAGCAGGUGAAGGACGACACUUGGUCCGACUGCGCCAGUGACGGCUACGCAGGUAUAUUUAUUUACUAUUUCGGGAAAUAUCCUUCAAUCUCCCCAGAGAGAGAGAGAGAGAGAGAGAUGGGCUUCUGGUGUCCGACCUUAUCAAUCGAAAGAUUGAUUUUUUUUGUUUGGUCGGCAGUGAAACCGAGGAAGGGUGACGCCCUACUGUUCUUCAGUCUCCACCCGAACGCCACCACCGACAAUUUCAGCCUCCACGGCAGCUGCCCGGUGAUCGAGGGCGAGAAGUGGUCGGCGACGAAGUGGAUCCACGUCAGAUCGUUCGAGUACCCGCCGCAUGCCACGUCAGCCAACGGCUGCGGCGACGAGAACGAACUCUGCUCGUCGUGGGCCGCUACCGGAGAGUGCGAGGGGAACCCCUCCUACAUGGUCGGUUCCGAUGGCGCCCCCGGCUUCUGCCGGAAGAGCUGCGGCGUCUGCUGA